UGUUGCUUGAACUUUGAUAUAUCAUACCCUUAGCGUGAGAGGAUUCAUCAUCUCAUGCCAUUUUCCAUGUAAUCUCUGCCCAGCAAAACGAAUACUUUUUAUAGGCUUUGGAUCCCAAUUUUCAAUUAUAAUUUCUUCCUUAGACAUAACUUCCUCUUAAAUCUUAGUUUUUGGGGUUUCUCGUCGAAGACUUAAAACCGCUUCUCCCUUGCUGUUUCCUGUUUCCUUCAACUUGUCUGUGUACUGAAUCGAAAAAGGUAAUUCCAACGGUUUUCACCCUAAAACUUUUCUUCUUUUCUUUACUUUUGGAUUCUUGCAGGAUUUGCUGCUUCACCUUGCUUUCUUCAAGAUUAGUGAAACCUUUUCUUAUACUUAUUAUUAAUUGUCAUCCUUGGCAUUCUGUUGCUUAUAAUUUUGUACUCGUUUUUAUUUCAUUUCCCUUUUUUCUUACUCGUUGUCAUGGAAAUUAAAGACUAUUAUUGCGUUGAAACAAACACUCCUAGACAGACUGGCGAGUCGCAUACUUAUCGAUCCAUUCACUCAGCCAACAAGCUUCUUACAACUCCUGAGGAUGGUGUGAAAACUGUUUAUGACUUGUUUCACGGCGCUGUCAAAAGCCAUGGAGUUAGAGAAGCUAUGGGCACCCGAAAACUGAUCAAAGAGCAUGUGGAAGAACGUGAAAUUAUUCGUAAAGUCAAUGGAACUCAAGUUGCAGAGAAAAAGACCUGGAAGCUUUAUGAAUUAGGCCCCUACGAGUUUAUGAAUUACAUCCAGACUUAUGACAUCGCACUUGCCCUCGGGUCUGGUUUGAAAGUCAACGGUAUUACUACCGAUAGUAGCCUUCUGUUUUUUGCCGGUACUAGUGAGAAAUGGUUUUUGACUGCUCAAGGAUCUAUUAGUCAGUCCAUUCCUAUUGUUACCGCCUAUGAAACUUUGGGUGAGGACGGUGUCAUAACUUCUUUGCAAGAGUGCUCUUCUUCAGCCAUUUUCACUGACCCAACCCUACUUCCCAAACUGGUGAAUCCUAUAAAGCAUUGCCCUUUAGUUAAGGUUAUCAUAUGCAGUUCUGAACCUUCUGAGGAGCAAUCUGAUCUCGUGCACUCUGCUAAUCCUGACAUUAAGUUAUUAACCUAUCACCAAUUGCUGAAACUCGGUCAAGAGCAUCCUCAACCCGUCCUUGCUCCAAAAGCUGACGAUGUUUGCUGCUAUAUGUAUACAUCCGGCUCAACAGGCAAACCAAAAGGUGUUGUUCUUUUGCACCGUAAUAUCAUUGCUGCCUUAGGAGGCAUCAAUCGAAUUCUCUCUCAACAUAUCAACGACAAAGACUAUGUUUUGGCUUACCUUCCUUUGGCCCAUAUCUUUGAGUUCAUUUUUGAAAUGUGCUGCUUUUAUUGGGGUGGUGUUCUAGGCUAUGCUUCUCCCAGAACGCUUACAGAUGCCAGUGUCGUUAAUUGUAGAGGUGAUAUGCCGGAAUUCCGUCCCACUGUCAUAAUUGGUGUUCCUGCCGUGUACGAACUAAUCAAAAAAGGCAUUCUCACAAAGGUGUCUGCUAUGCCUGUUCAUCGUCAGAAAAUUUUCUCCGGCUCACUUGCUUUGAAACAAUAUCUACUUAAACGUAAUCUUCCUGGCACUGGAACGUUAGAUGCGAUAGUCUUCAAUAAAGUAAAGGCCGCAACCGGUGGACGUCUUCGUUAUUGUGUUUCUGGUGGCGCUGCACUUGCUGCUACUACACAAGCCUUCUUAAGUACUACUCUUUGCCCUGUUCUUCCAGGAUAUGGCCUUACAGAAACCUGCGCAGGUAGCUUUGUUUUAUCCCCCGAACAAUGGCAUCUGUACGCAAAUUCAGUAGGGUUUCCAGUCCCUUCUAUUGAAUUUAAACUUGUGGAUAUUCCAGAAUUGAAUUAUUACUCAAAUGGCAGCCCUCCAAGGGGUGAAGUCUGGAUUCGGGGACCGGCCGUUUGCAAUGGUUAUCUCAAUCGCCCAGACGACAAUGCCUCGUCUUUUACUGAAGACGGAUGGUUUAAAACUGGUGAUGUUGGAGAGCUAGCUAAGGGUAAUACUCUCCGAUUAAUUGACCGCAAAAAGAAUAUUGUAAAAUCUUUGAACGGUGAGUAUAUUGCUUUGGAAAAAAUUGAAACACAAUAUCUCACAAGUCCUCUUGUGUCUUCCGUUUGCGCAUACGCUGAUGUUAAUCAUGUGAAGCCGGUAGUCAUUGUUUAUCCCGAUGAAAAAGCUCUUCGGGCCUGCCUUCUAAAGCACAAAGGAAAAUCUUUCAGUGGUGAUACAGAGGCUGCUUUUAGCCAAUUAUGCGAAAACAAAGAAGUUCAAAAUAUCGUGUUGGCUGAUCUCAUAGCGAUUGGAAAAGCCCAAAAAUUUGCUGCUAUAGAACUUCCACACGCUGUUAUUCUUAGUAAUUUUGAAUGGAGUCCUGAGAAUAAUUUCUUAACUGCAUCUCGGAAGGUUAAAAGACAGACGAUUGAACAGUUUUAUCGUACCCAAAUUCAAGAAGUAUACAGUUAAAUACCAUAUAUGAAUUAUGGUAACGUCGUUUAUUGUGACUAAUGCAGAUAACAGCUAUUGUUAAACUUUCUAUCAUAUCGGUUUAUCGAUUUUGCCCUAUCUUUCUUUUUAAUUUCUUCUGUUCUUAAUUCUUAUAUUUUGCUAUUUUAUCUCUACCUGGCAAUUGUAUGAAGCCCUUAUGGCUGUAUUCUUAUUUCGUAAUGAAUUUACUACAGGUUUUAAUGAUAAUUAAUACCAUAUUUUGCAAUUUGUAUAAGUCAUGUAAA